GCAAUCCGAUCAGUUGUUCCUAACAAAAGCAAUAAUGAGAUCGUUCUGGUGCUGCAGCAGUUUGAUAACAACGUAGACAAGGCUGUUCAAGCUUUCAUGGAUGGCAGUGCAACUCAGGUUCUAAAGGAAUGGAAUAUGACAGGGAAAAGGAAGAACAAUAGGAGAAAAAGAAGCAAGUCUAAACAGCACCAAGGCAAUAAAGAUCCUAAAAACAAGAAUGGUGGACCUGAGAAGGCGUCUCAAGAGCCCCUGGGAAUAUAUGACUGCCAUCUGAAUGGAUAUUCUAAGGACAACUCUUACAGUGGUUCUGCCAGUCAGAAACGGGAAGCCGCUUCUCUCGAGAACAAAGGCUCAGGAUUUGUAGAGUCAGCGCUCGUCUGUCCAGAAAUGACAGACAAAGAACGAGAACACCACAGAGUAUCUGUGGAAUUAAACCCUAAGACUACGAAUGGAGUAGAACAGCAUGAGUCUCUUCAGUCAUCGGUUCAACUCCAGUGUAACCUAGGCAGACCAAAGUCAAAAUCUUCCUCAGUUAAAUCAGCCAGUGCUACAACCCAGCUUGAAACAAAGACAGAUGAUUCAGUCAAAAAAAGAGGGCCAAACAUUGAAAAAUCAGUAAAAGACUUGCAGCGUUGCACUGUUUCUCUAACCAGAUAUCGCAUGAUGAUCAAAGAGGAAGUGGAUAAUUCAGUGAAGAAGAUCAAAGCUGCUUUUGCAGAAUUACACAGCUGCAUCGUAGACAAAGAAGUGUCGUUAAUGGCAGAAAUUGAUAAAGUUAAAGAAGAAGCCAUGGAAAUCCUGACUGCUCGGCAGAAGAAAGCUGAGGAGCUGAAGAGACUGACGGACCUAGCCAGUCAGAUGGCUGAAGCACAACUCUCUGAGCUCAGGGCUGAAAUUAAGCACUUUGUGAGUGAACGGAAAUACGAUGAAGAGCUGGGCAGGUCUGCCCGAUUUUCCUGUGAUAUGGAACAGCUGAAGACCCAGAUUCUGCUCUGUGGAGAAAUUUCUCACCCAAAGAACAACUAUUCCUCAAGAACACCGUGUAGUUCAGUGCUGUCCUCUAUGACCUCGCAUGCAACAACUGGCAGGCAAAAUACACACCCCCGGAAGUCCUCUAGUAAUGCCAAGAACUCUGAUAAUAAACCAGCCAGCGCUAAAGCACAAAGUCAUCUUUCUUCCAAUCCUACAGAAUCUUCUUCCCAAGGAAUCCCGACAAAUAAGCAGAAUGGGCCUUCUAGCCAGCGACGAAGAUUCAACCCACAGCACCAAAACAUGCGACUCAAUGGAUCUCUUAAAUCACAAGGUGCCAGCAGUGAGGUAGAUCAAAAUAAUAUAAAAAAAUCUGAACACAGAAGGCAGCAGCAUAACAGCUUCAGAUCUAAAAAUAAAGGAGCUAUGAAAAAUCAAGAGCAGCCCGCAACUACAAGGACCACGGAGAAUCCGACACAUUCCGAAAAGACCCGACGAAAGCAUCCUACAGCAGACACUGCAGAUCACAGGCCUUUCCAAGGCAGUGUUGGCAGGGUGUCGCAGUGCAAUUUAUGCCCUACAAGGAUGGAGGUCUCUGCUGAUGCCACUGUUCUUUCGGUGCCAGCUGUGACUUUGGUGGCGUAAAAUGUCAUGGUGACAGCAGGCAGAGAAGUUUAAUCUCUUCAUUUUAGUUUCUUGCUCAAGAUGCUUGUUGGUGAAGAAGAUAAGUCAGAACACAGUCAUUUUAAAUCUGUUGCUGCUUAAAACUGGUUGGUAUCUUCAUUACUUACUAAUUGUCUAAAUUAAUUCAUACUUUCAAGGCUUUACCAGUUUGUUCACAGUUACUUUGUUAUGAAUGACAGUACAGAAUCCUACAAAAGCAGCAUCUACUU